GGGAGGAGGGAGACGGAGAGAGAGGGAAAAAGAGAGAGAGAAAGUUAUAGGGGAAACUGAAAAGGCGGUGGGAAGGGGGUAAGAGAGCAUAUGUGAGAAAGAGAGAGACAGAGAAAAAGGAGGGAGAGAGCGAGGGAGGGCGAGAGCGAAAGACAAAAAAAGGUGGAUUGGUAUCAGAAAGAGAGGAAGAAAGAAGCAGAAGGGAGGAACAGAGAGCUGGAGAAAGAGAGAGAGAGAGAGAGAACGAAAGAGAGAAGUGGGGUGAGAGAGAGAGAGAGAGAGAGGGAGGGAGGAAAGGGGGAAGUGUCUGUGGAGCCUUGAGCAGGACUGGGAGCUGCAUGCGGGGCUUGGAGGUGGCGAUUCCGUGAUGGAAGGAGAUAAAAUCGCAGCUCUGAAGCGGUCGUUCGAGGUGGAGGAGGUGGACGCGCACCCCGCCCUGCACACCCGGCGGACGACCAGCCUGCGGAGCACGUUCUCGCCCUCCUCUCGCUUCCAGGACCUGGGAGCCCGGAACUCAGACGCGGCGGGCCGGGUGGCGGGAGAGGCCCUGGGCCUGCGGCGCGCGGAGCUGGGCGGGGGCCGGAUCACGGAGCCCGUUCCCCGGCGGUCGGAGAUCUCCAUCGACAUCUCCUCCAAACACGUGGACACCAGCGCCGGCGCGGGCAUCUCCCGCUUCGGCCUGAAGAGGCCGGACAUCCUGAGCCACGGGCGCAACGCCGACCCCUCCCUGAGACGGGCGGAGCUGGCCGCGGCCCGGUCCCAGGAGCCCCCGGCCCCGCCCCGCCGGGCCGACCCGCCCGCCUCUCUCUCCCGCACCGCCGACCCGCCCGCCUCUGUCUCCCGGACCGCCGACGCGCCCCAGAGGAGGGCGGAGCCGCCCAGCCCGGUCGAGGCGCCGUCCCGCCGUCUGGAGACCCUCCUCGGCAACAACGGCGUGGCCCCGCCCACCGCCGCACCCGACGCCGCCGCCACGCCCAAUCACACGGAGCCGAAGGCGGAGCCGCCCGCGCCGGCCCCUGAGGUCAUCGCCGCCGCAGACCGGUCAGAGGUCAUUCCGAGCUACAGCAGCACCAUGUCAGAGUCCGUGAAGCCGGCCGCGCCCCCCGCGGCCCCCGCCUGCCCCGAGGUCCCCAGCGUGGACUUCAGCUACGUGGGCAUCGACGCCAUCCUGGAGCAGAUGCGGCGGAAGGCCAUGAAGCAGGGCUUCGAGCUCAACAUCAUGGUCGUGGGGCAGAGCGGUCUGGGGAAGUCCACGCUCAUGAACACGCUGUUUAAAUCCAAAGUGAGCCGCAGGUCUGUGGUGAGCACCAGUGAGGAGAGGAUCCCCAAAACCAUCGAGAUCAAAUCCAUCAGCCACGACAUCGAAGAGAAGGGGGUCAGGAUGAAACUGACUGUCAUUGAUACUCCGGGGUUUGGGGACCAGAUCAACAACGAGAACUGCUGGCAGCCCAUAAUGAAGUUCAUUAAUGAGCAGUAUGAGCAGUACCUGCAGGAGGAGAUCAACAUCGAGAGGAAGAAGCGCAUCCCAGACUCCAGAGUGCACUGCUGCAUAUACUUCAUCCCCCCCACAGGGCACAGUCUCAGGCCGCUGGAUGUGGAGUUCAUGCGUCGGCUCAGUAAAGUGGUGAACAUCGUCCCAGUCAUCGCCAAGGCCGACACCCUCACCCUGGAGGAGAGAGACUUCUUCAAAAUGAAGAUCAGGGAGGAGCUGAGAGUGAACGGCAUCGAUGUGUACCCUCAGAAGGAGUUUGAUGAGGACACAGAGGACAGGAUGAUCAAUGAGAAGAUACGGGAAAUGAUCCCGUUUGCUGUGGUGGGGAGCGACCAGGAAUAUCAGGUCAACGGGAGGAGGAUUCUGGGAAGAAAGACAAAGUGGGGCACCAUAGAAGUUGAAAACAUUGGCCACUGUGAGUUUGCCUAUUUGCGGGAUCUUCUGAUUAGGACCCACAUGCAGAACAUCAAAGACAUCACCAGCAGCAUCCACUACGAGGUGUACAGGGUCCGCCGCCUCAACGAGGGCAACGCCCAGACCAACGGGGUCGCCCAGCACCACGCCUCUGCCCACGAGAUGUAGCCCCCUGCCCCUGCCCCUGCCCCCGUGCCCCUCCUCCUGCCCCUGUGCCCUCCCCCUCCCCUCCACUCCCCCCUGCCAACCUCCACUCCAGCCAGCUUCCCAGCUCCCACCCCCACCGCUAGUCCGCACUCACUUCCCCUUCCUGGUCACGUGACCACGGGGCAGUCACGGGGACAGGGUCCCGAUUGGCCCCUUUUUGGCACACAUGCAAAUGAGAUGUAAAUGAGCUGCUGUGGGAAUCUUCCGCGAUUCCGGAAUCUUGCGUCCGGUCGCGCAUCGUUGGGCGGUCGCCCCCGGCAACCCCCACGACUCUGCGUCGGCCGAGAGGCGGGUGGGAGGGAGGGGGAGGGGCGCAAGGGUAUGACGUCAUCACAAUAUCAAGUCCAUUCCCUUGAAGCUGUUAAUACUAUUAGCUGUUAAAACUAUUUUUUAGUUUUUUUUUUGUAAAAAUGUGCCUCAGCAAGUUUUACCUUCCCUUUUCCCUGAGCAUAUCGUUUACAAACCGUCUUGGAAUCUCAGUGGUUUAAGAAAAAAAAAAAAAAAAAAAAAAAAAAAAAAACAGCAACAACAAAGUGCCAGAGAUUUGAAUAAUGCCCCUGCUUGAAAAUGGGUCAUUGGAGGAAUUAUGUCGAAAUAAGAUCGGCUAACUGCGGGGGGUGUCAACAAAGAACAGUGAAUUCAAGUGAGGGG